AUGCCAAUGCCUUCGCCCUCACAAAAGCCUGCUGCUACCUCGCCUUUGACGUCAGCGGCGCUGGCGCCGGCGGCCGUGGCUGCACCCGUGACCACCACGAUGCCUGUCCGAGUGGCCUCAGUUUCCUCUCCUCGCAGCACUCGCAGCAGUGGCAGCACGCAGGGCACACAGGUGGUCAUCAACACUGACACCAACACAGUGCAGAUGGGCAAACAGGGCUUCCAACCCUCCGCACAACCAGUACCGCAGCAAGCGCAGCAGCGGGAAGUGCAACAACCAGCGGAAGAGGGCCAGGCCCUGCGCGAGAUUAACGACAAGGUGGAUGAUCUUGUCAAAAAGCUGAGCGAGAAAGAGGCUACCCCCGCACCGGUGCAGGUGCCAAGUGCUGCUGAGGCCAUGAUUCGGCACCUCAACGCCAGAGUUGACGGCCUUUCAGACAAGCUCAAAGAGAUGGAAUCCAAGAGCGCCAACGACACUGCAAGGACAAAGGCUUCGGACCUGCCCUCAGCUGGCCAGGUUCAGCUGGUGAACGCCAAGGCUGACACGCAGCAGGCGAUCCUUACAGCAUCACUCGAUGGCCGUGCAAAGAUCCAGGGCAAGGUGGAUGCAUCCGACCAUGCCAGGGGCGAGGUCUUGGAUGCUUUCGACAGUUCCUUGGAGGGCGCCAUGGCCAAGGCUCGAGCAGGCCUGGAAGAUGCCGAGGAGAAGGUUGCUGAGACUGCCAGGCAGACAGUGGAUGGCACGUUAGCACACGUCUUGAAGAUGUCGAUGGACAAGGUUAUAGGUGUUGGAAUGGCAGCUGACUCGCUGAAGUCUGAGGCAGAAACUUUACAAAGCAACGCUACGGCCGUGAAGGAUCAGGUGACGGCAGACGCAGCAUUGGGGCAUGAAGCAGUUGAUGGGCUGCCGUCGAGUUCAGCCUUGGUGGAGCAGAGACUGGCCCAAAUCCAGGAUGAAGUCCAGGACAUGAGCCAGGAGGCCAGAGGAGCAGAGACCCUGGCAGAUUCCUCACUGCAGGCAGUGGAAGAGGCUCUGAAGGUGGUCAACCACUCCGCCUCCAAAGCUCGGCAGGCCAGAGCGCUGCGGGGCCGCGCUGCCGAGCAGGUUGCCUUAAACAGCAAGCGGCUCCAUGAGAUUCGGCAGGCCUUGACUGGCGCCUCGAUGUGA